AUGUCUAGUCACACACGGCAAGAUGCGCCGACCCCAGCGCCCUCAUACCGCUCCACCCACGAGUCCAAAUUGUUCGGACGCAUAACCAAGAUAUGUUGUAUCGGUGCAGGAUAUGUGGGAGGACCGACUUCGGCAGUCAUGGCGAACGCCAAUCCCGACAUCCAGGUGACGGUGGUCGAUUAUGACAGCAAGCGCAUUGCUGCAUGGCAAUCUGAAGAACUCCCCAUCUACGAACCCGGCCUUAUGGAUGUGGUUAAGCCAGCCCGCGACGGCAUCCCCAACAAGCGAACGCCAAACCUCUUUUUCUCAACAGAUGUUGACCGCGGCAUUGCCGAAGCCGAACUCAUCCUCUUGAGCGUCAAUACCCCCACCAAGACAUUGGGUCAGGGUGCCGGACAUGCAAGUGAACUCUCCUAUUUGGAGUCUGCUGUGCGGAAGAUUGGUGCUGUUGCUACAGACAACAAGAUCAUCGUGGAGAAGAGUACUGUGCCAUGCCGGGCGGCAGAUACGCUGCGAGAUGUUCUGAGAGCAACGAGUAGACCUGGCGUCGAGUUUGAGAUCCUAUCAAACCCUGAGUUCUUGGCCGAAGGAACCGCUAUCCAAAAUCUCUCGAACCCUGAUCGCGUUCUCAUCGGCUCUCUCAAGACUCCCCAUGGGUUGGCGGCUGCACGAGCUCUUUCUCAGAUCUACUCAGCUUGGGUCAGCCCAGAUCGCAUCAUCACGAUCAACUUGUUUAGCUCCGAACUGGCCAAGCUAGCUGCAAAUGCACUGCUCGCUCAGCGGAUCAGCAGUGUCAAUGCACUGGGUGCCAUGUGUGAGGCAGUAGGCGCCGACAUCGAUGAGGUGUCCUAUGCCGUUGGAUUGGACAAGCGCAUUGGGUCUCGAAUGCUCAAGGCGUCGGUCGGCUUUGGUGGCUCCUGCUUCCGCAAAGACAUCUUGUCCCUUGCAUACAUCGCAGAGUCCCUGAACCUGUUUGAGGUCGCCGCUUACUGGCGAUCAGUAGUCGACAUAAACGAGUACCAGAAGGACCGAUUUACCCGCCGCAUAGUGCGAUGCUUGUACAAUUCGCUUUCGAACAAGACGCUUGCUAUCCUUGGCUUUGCAUACAAGAAGGACACAGGAGACACUCGCGAGUCAGCAGCUAUCACAGUCGUCAACAACCUACUCGCUGAAGGUGCCAACGUCAGGAUCUACGACCCACAAGUCAAGGAAUCGCAAAUACUGCACGAUAUCGAGAGCAGUAACCCGAGUCCACAGAGCAUCAAAGGCAGACUCACAGUCUGCUCCUCGACUUACGACGCGUGUACCGACGCCGACGCCGUGGUCAUAUUGACGGAGUGGGACGAGUUCAGCAACAAGCAGCCUACGAGAAGCGGGCACGUUCGCGGCGACUCAGUACACAACGGUGAUGUGGAUACAAUGCGCAAAGAGAUAUCAUGGAAGCGCGUUUCGCAGGUCAUGCGCCGUCCAAUGUACGUCUUUGAUGGACGUAACGUCGUCGAUCCUGUGCCUCUCGAAGCUCUGGGUUUCCGGUACGAAGGUGUUGGUAAAUCGAGGGGGUUGUAA